UCACAAGUUCUGAUUCAAUUGUUCUUUAUUCACUUUAUAAAUGGGAUUUAUGUUAAUCUUCACUUUAGUAGCUUAUGAUUCUAUGACCAGAAAUUACUGGUAGAAAACAGGUUAACCUCGUUUACCUAUAGGACAAGGGCCUUCUGCAGGGCCUUUUUUCUUAGCUUCUAAAUUCUCUUGCCUGUGAUUCAACUCUCUAUUAGGAAUUUAUCUCUUGAAGGGAAUUGCAACGCUGUUAUCUGUGUACUUCUGCUGGUGCUUUCAGUUUCUCCUACCUGUCAAAGUUGCUCCUUGCUUUUCUUUUCCUGUUUCUCAGCUUCCGUUGUGGUUUGCUUCUCUUCUGCUGCUCAGACUCAAAUAAAGGAAACAAAUUUUGGACUCAUUUUUAUGUGACGCGUUCUUUGUCCUCUUCAAGGUUCUAUCUUUCAAUACAUACCUUGAGGCUUCCACCUCCUUUUAGGAAAGGCUCCUCUCCCUCUUCGUUGGUUCUCCUACUUCUUCUAACGAGUUUCAUUUUGGUUAUCUUUUCUUGCCGGUCUGUUUCUUGAUGAGGAGUUUAAAGCCAUCAUAUCAAAGAAGAUGAGCCUUGAUGGAUUUCACUAAGAGAGAGAUUUAUUUCCUUUUGAGGAACAUGGGGAAUUUUCACCGGAAACAGAAUGGCAAUGGAGUGGCUGAGGAUGGCUGCCACCCUGCUAGUCCAAGGCACUACAAGCACCUGUCCGGCGGCAUCACGACUUCUUUAUCUUGGCUGGAUUUGAGAGUUUUCUAUGUCAGGGUUAGCAAAUGUGAGAUCGAUGAUUCAACUCCCCAGUAUCUUACCUUAAAUCACGUUCCCCUGGACUGCAAUACCCUUCUGGAAGUAAAUGGUGUUAGAACUGGCAUCUAUUCGGAUGGCGUAUCAACCCUAUUAAGAAGAGAUAGGAUAGACAAGAAAUCUGAAGAAGUUACCUUCGUGAGUACUGACAGUAUUAGGACGACAGGGAGUGUGAAACUUGAGGUUUUUGACAAGGAUGUUCUUGUGCUGUCGGGAGCACUAGAACUGUGUAAUAGUGACGGCUUUACUGGCGCAGAUUCAAGAAAUCACGACCGGUGUUGGAGUUUGAAUUGCGACUCGGAUUUACCAGUUGGCUCUGUUCUCCUCAAGGGAAAUCAGUACAUGAACCUGGAGUCAGGCUCGCCAUCAAUCGAAGUCUACGUAGCUGGUUGCUUUUCAGGUUGUCCGAUUAUACUGACUAAGGCUCUGCAGCUUGGUCACAAGAGGAAGCAAAUGAGGAAGGCAAUGCUGGAUUCGAUUCCAGAACAUGAGACAACUGCAAACCAGAAAGAUGACUCAUCAUCUAUACACGGAAUGCAGGUCACUGAGCAGCAGAAUUGUGAUCCAGAAAUGGAAGAUUAUAGCCGCCGUCAUCCAGGGACGGAGUACAUAGAAGGAGGGGAUGGAGAACUGUCAUGGUUUAAUGCUGGAGUAAGAGUAGGCGUUGGGAUUGGUCUUAGUAUUUGUGUUGGAGUAGGAAUAGGAGUGGGAUUGCUAGUCAAAACCUACCAAGGAACGACCAGAAACUUCAGGAGGAGGCUAUUCUGAUUUAGUCUGUUCUUGUCGAAUUGAAAGCAUAAUUUGAUGCCGGCUUUUGUGAU